GUUACGAAAGAGGUCACAUCCGGGUUAUUUUCAGCCACGGCUGAAGUUAGCAGUUUCACUUUCAAUGACAGCUGCGGUGGAAUAAACGUUAUAUUAGAAGAAAUACGGACCUCUCAACUCUCAAGGACGGAUGCUCAACUCGUGCAGCUUAACGGCUUUUGUGUGCCUGUGAGAAUUCAAAAUGUUUUCUCUGUCGACGACAGUCCAACCGCAGGUGACUGUGCCGCUCAGCCACCUCAUCAAUGCCCUGCACUCCAUGAAGAGCUCAUUGGGAAGCAGCAGCAGUUCCGCCCACCGCAAGUCAGGAAAACACCAGGAGCACGCUCCAGACCCGGAACUACACUGCACAGAGCCUCUGUGGAGUCUGCGUGAGCUUGGCCUAUCGGACCUGGGAGCACAGCACCUGGAUGAGCUGGUGAGCCGUGUGUUACCAUGCCGGAGUCCACCUGAGACACUACUUCCACCGGGUGGACAGACCGCCUGGAGGACCUCACAUCUUUCUACACACUCCUUUUACUACAAUAAGAAUGGCUUCUCGUGUGGUGCACUGCCCAUGUCUUAUUUCAAGAGGCAGCCCUCGCCUCUCCAGUCCGUCUGCACAGAGCUCCAGCACUGGCCCGUGUGGGUUCCAAACAGAGGUUUUAAAACUUUAAAGAGCAAAACUAGACGACUGCAGUCAGUUGCUGACCGCUCCCUGGACUCUGAAGCAUUCACACCGUCUUUUAUGAAGGGUCUUCUAACCCGGGACAAGGGGUUGGAAGUUGAAAAUCUAGACAGUCUGGCGAAGGACAAGAGCGUGCCCGAGGGGCAGCAGGAUUCUUUCAAGAGGGGCUUCGCUGAGGGUUUCCUGAAAGCCCAAGCCUUGACACGACGCACACAAGACUCUCUCAGGAGGACUCGUCUAAUCCUGCUGGUGCUGCUUCUUGUUGGGCUCUACGGUCUCUCCAAGACCCCCUUCAUAUCGGUACGGUUCCGAACCACAUCAGGCCUGGACUCUGCAGUGGACCCUGUCCAGGUUAAAAAUGUGACAUUUGAGCACGUCAAAGGGGUAGAAGAAGCUAAGAACGAGCUGCAGGAAGUAGUGGAGUUCCUGAAAAACCCGGAGAAGUUCACAAUCUUGGGAGGAAAGCUGCCAAAAGGUGUUCUACUGAUUGGUCCUCCAGGGACCGGAAAGACUCUACUGGCCAGAGCCGUGGCAGGGGAGGCAGAUGUACCUUUCUACUACGCCUCUGGGUCUGAAUUUGACGAGAUGUUUGUUGGAGUGGGAGCCAGCCGCAUCCGGAACCUUUUCAGGGAGGCUAAAAGCAAUGCUCCGUGUGUCAUCUUCAUUGAUGAACUAGACAGUGUGGGCGGAAAAAGGAUUGAGUCUCCCAUGCACCCGUACUCCAGACAGACUAUCAACCAACUGCUUGCAGAGAUGGAUGGGUUUAAACCUAAUGAAGGCGUGAUCAUCAUUGGAGCAACCAACUUCCCGGAAGCUUUGGAUAAUGCCCUUAUCCGCCCAGGAAGAUUUGACAUGCAGGUGACUGUCCCCAAACCAGACGUGAAAGGACGCACCGAGAUCAUCAACUGGUAUCUGAGGAAGAUUAAAGUGGAUCCAGCUAUUGAGGCCAAUAUCAUUGCCCGGGGCACAGUUGGCUUCUCUGGCGCUGACCUGGAAAAUCUGGUCAACCAGGCUGCCCUGAAGGCAGCAGUUGAUGGCAAAGACAUGGUCACCCUGAAGGAGCUGGAGUUUGCAAAAGACAAAAUCCUCAUGGGCCCUGAGAGAAAAAGUGCAGAAAUAGAUGAUAAAAACAAGCUCAUCACAGCGUACCACGAGUCCGGCCAUGCGAUCGUGGCUUACUACACCAAAGAUGCCAUGCCGAUUAACAAAGCUACCAUCAUGCCCAGAGGCCACAGUCUGGGACAUGUGUCCAUGCUCCCAGAGAGCGAUCGCUGGAGUGAGACCCGCUCACAGCUGCUGGCUCAGAUGGACGUCAGUAUGGGCGGCCGUGUUGCAGAGGAGAUCAUGUUUGGCCAUGAGUUCAUAACAACCGGUGCAUCAAGUGACUUUGAUGGUGCCACAAAGAUUGCAAAGCUGAUGGUGACCAGAUAUGGAAUGUGUGAUAAGCUGGGUGUGAUGACUUACACUGACAUGACAGCCCAGAGCCCGGAGGCACAAGCAGCUGUGGAGCGUGAAGUGCGACUGUUAUUGAAGGAGUCUUAUGAGCGUGCCAAAGCCCUGCUGAAGUCUCACAGCAAAGAGCACAAAAGCCUGGCAGACGCUCUGCUCACGUAUGAGACUCUGGAUGCCAAAGAGAUUCGGCUGGUCCUGGAGGGCAAAGCCCUGGAGGCCAAAUGAAACCUUGCAAGCAACAGCAACAAUUGACAGGGUAGCAACAGGGGGGGGGAAGAGGGAACAUUUGUAGAGUGGGGGGGGGGGGGGGGUAAUGGAAGGAGGGGCGGACUCGAUGAGCAGUUUAUCUGAGAUGUCAUGGUCUGCAUUUUUUUUUAAGUGGGACUACGUUGUAUCCUCACGCUGUCCCCGUUCUGUGAUCAGUUCUGUCAUGUGACACUUGAUCGUAGCUUUCCUGUUUUAACUGGUUCACCAGUUAAAUGUUGAGAAUCUUAUUCAGGUCAAUCAGUUGCAGGGAGGAAAUAAAUAAUACAUGAAUGUAUUUAGGCACCUCAAACAGAUGAGAAGCAUGUUGAAUUAUGUAAAUGUUAAAAGAUUUUACCUUUUUUUGUUUGCUGAUCCUUAGCCCAAAGAGCUAAUGUGCAAUUGUAAUAAAACUUUAACUUCAUUUCAACUCCUAUUUGUCCUCCAGGGUUUGUUUUUGUUAUUUGUGUAGUAUGUUUUCAAGGCCAUGCACCACUCUACUUCUAGCGCGGGCGUGUUUUAAACAAGCACCAAGAAGUGUCACGAGGACGUGCAGCUCUUUGACUUCCCAUUGGAUUCUUUGUAUCUCAGAUGGAUGGAGAAUCGUAUAUAUUUAUGCAUUUACACAUGCCUGUCCACCGCUGCAUAUGUGCCUGGUACUUUGUAAUGGUGGCCUUUUGGGGAAUGUUGAGUGUUUUUUAUUUUAUUUUUUUCUUGGAGGAGGAAGUAUAUCAAGCACUUUGGGUUGUAUAAAUUGAAAAGGCUCACUUCAUGUAAUUUAUUGCAUUUAUGCUGCGUGUACAGAGCUAUAUAUAUAUAUAUAUAUAUAUAUCUGUGUUUAUCUUCUGCUAUUUACCUUUUCUGUCUUUGUGUAAUAUUAAACUUUAUAAUAAUCUACGUAGAUUAUUGGUAAAAACAUGCAGUUAUGCCUCCUGAAAUGUUCCAAUUUUAAGGUGAAUAGGUAUGAAUGCCGAAGCCCAUAUGAUAUAUCUCUUACAGCGUUUUACUGGUAUAUGUACUUCAGGUUGAUACCUUUUUCAGUUUUUUGCUUUGCAUUGAGACACUUUUUGUUUGGGGUUUAGCUGUGUGUAUAUAUAUUAUUAAGAUGUAAUGGGGACAUUGUGUAUAUAGAUGUAUAGUGAUGUUUUUAUGAGAACACAAUGAAGUCUGUCUGCAAUGCCAUGGAUGUGAAUGAAUGUAAAUGAAUGUGCAUUUGACAAAUAAAAAGAAACCCAAAUUAACUUUUUGUGUUUUUGAU